AUGUCCUCAACUCAAGAUAGUAAAGUGCAAACCCUUAAUUCUAAUCCAGAAAUCCUUUUGAGGAAAAGAAGAAAUGCCGAUAGAACUAGAAUCGAAAGGCAAGAAUUAGCAAAGAAAAAGAGGGAAGAACAAAUCAAAAAGAAGAGAAAUAAUAAGAACAAAUUUGUCAGAGCUGAAAGCAUAGUCGCAAAGACUUUAGCUACUUCUAGAGAAAAGGAGAGAAUUAAAAGAGUGUCCAUAUUGGAAGACAAGAAGGCUAAGAAUGAAACGCAGCAUAUUGCAUCAGGUAGAGAUUUUAUUCUAAAAAUAACAGAAAAAGGUAACAACGCCGAAGAGGACUCUGUCGACUUGGAGGGAAGUGAUGAUGAAGAAGACGACGGUUUACUCAGAGAAAAGACUACCUACGAUGGCAGACCUACUUUACUCUUCAUUGUCAGAGUGAGGGGUCCGCUCGCCGUAAAUAUCCCAAACAAGGCAUUUAAGAUUUUGUCUCUUCUAAGAUUGGUUGAAACUAGUACCGGUGUUUUCGUCAAAUUGACCAAAAACGUAUAUCCGUUGCUCAAGGUUAUUGCACCAUACGUAGUAAUCGGCAAGCCUUCUUUAUCUUCUAUCCGUUCUUUGAUCCAGAAGAGAGGUAGAAUAAUGUAUAAGGGUGAGAAUGACACUGAACUUCACGAAAUAGUUCUCAACGACAACAAUAUUGUCGAGGAGGAAUUAGGAGACCAUGGAAUAAUUUGUGUUGAAGACAUUAUUCAUGAGAUUGCCACCAUGGGUGAAACUUUUUCUGUUUGUAACUUUUUCUUACAACCAUUUAAGUUGAAUAGAGAAGUAUCCGGAUUUGGCUCUUUGAAUAGACUAAGAAAAAUAAAACAGCGGGAAGCUGAAUCAAGAACCCGUCAAUUUUCGAAUGCGGCUACUGCACCGGUUAUUGAAGUUGACAUUGACUCUUUAUUAGCCAAAUUGAAUUAA